AUGUCCCGAUUUAUUCGUAUCUUAUGGGAUCUUGUAUGCCAGCCAUUCGAAUACUGUAGGAAUUGCUGUGACGUAUUGGACCCUGCCUAUUAUCGCAAAAUGUCACCUGGAGGACGAAGAAAUCCGCAAAUGUUCAACUGCUGGGAUAAUGACAAGAACACUCUCACUCCUUCUUAUCCCACGUCAUCAUUUCCAACACUUUCAAGUAGUAACUUAGAGUAUUCAUGUCGAGCAAACGACAACAAAUUUAUUACACUGUCCACAUCAAGAUCGAGAUCUGUUUCCAGCACGCCUUCAGAGAGCGCACAUGAGGAAGAAGGCGAGAACCAGUUGCACUUCUUGUUUUAUGGUGGCAGUGACUCUUUAUCGCCAAAGGCAGUCGGGAAAAGGUAUCGCAGGGAUAUCAUUUCCGAUUGCCAGGAGCCCACAAGUCCAGUGGUGUCAAUCGAAUCGCCUCGAAUCGAUCAUAAGAUGCCGUGCUUUUUCUCGUCUACGAUAGCUCCGUUGCAAUUCCCAAUGUCUGACUCAAUUUACUCGGCAAACCUCUUGGGAGAUAUCGAUCAGCAAGGCCAACGAAGCGGUACUGGACACUGCAACAUGCGACUCGUCAUGUAA